AUGGGUAAGAAGAAUACCAAGGGUGGUAAGAAGGGUAGAAGAGGAAAGAACGAUACCGAUGGCCCAAAGCGUGAGCUGAUCUACAAGGACGAAGGCCAGGAAUAUGCGCAAAUUAGCAAAAUGUUGGGUAACGGGCGCGUGGAGGCGACGUGCUUCGAUGGGGUGAAGCGCAUGGCACAUAUCAGAGGCAAGUUGCGGAAGCGGGUGUGGAUGUCGCAGGGUGACAUCAUCCUGGUGUCGCUGAGAGACUUCCAGGACGACCAGUGCGACGUGGUGCACAAAUACAACCUCGACGAGGCACGUACGCUAAAGACACAGGGCGAGUUGCCGGAGAACGCUCGUAUCAACGAGACCGACAACUUCGGCUUUGACUCGGACGAGGACGUCAACUUCGAAUUCGGUCACGCAGACGAGGACGAUAGCGACGAAGACGACGAUGACGAAUUGGAUAUAGAUGAGAUCUAA